AAGUUCUCACUUGCUCUAGUGAUUUAAUUUUUACAAAAACAUGAAUUUGAAAGUGAGAGAAAAAAAAUAUUUUGAAGACACGUGCUGGAAGAAUCUGAAAAGUGCCAAAUUGUCCCUCCCGUAAUAUAAGAACAAUUCAAAUUUAAUUUGAAUCUUGUCAUUUAGGAUUGAUUUAACUGAAAACCACAGAAACCCAUUUUAGAAAAGGGAAAAAUGUAUUUUCAAUUUUUAAAUGUGGCGUUUGAGUCACUUCUAUUGUCUAGUGUCCAUCCGAAGAUAUUUUAUGCGUUUUCAGAAAUGUUUUAUAAAUUUAUUAUGUAUAUGGAAGACUAAAUUAUUUCAGAUAAUCAUGGCGCCUAAACGAAGAUAUUUUACUGCAACGACAAAGCCCAAGUUUAGUUGGAUCGGGGAAGAAAUUCAACCACCACCGCACAUGAGAAAAGCUGCAGUCGGGUUAAAACAUUACAAAGGAUUCAGUUUCGGAGAUCUAACAGCAGAGAUUGGAGAUUUUGUGAUUGUAAAAAGUGAGGACUCAUCAGAGGAUAUCUUAAGCUGUGAUGUCGCAAGAAUAGAAAGGUUGUAUGAGGACUGUUAUCUAUCGGGAGAUCCUUACAGAGUUCAUGUUACUUGGCUGUGUAGACCCAAGGAUCUUCCCAAGCAGUUGAGUAAACAUGAUUUCAAGGAACAGGGUGCUCCAGCUCUUGACCAUAGAUUGGAUCUGAUUUUAGAAGCUAGAAACUUUGAUACUAACAUCAGUGCUGAGUCAGUUUAUUUCAAGUGUAAUGUGUUCCCUGAGCAGAUCACCGUACACCCUGAAUCCUUCAUCAAGAGAUGUCCCGAGUCCAAACAUCCAAAUUAUAUUCUCAGAUUCAAGCUCACAUCAAACUCCAAGGGAAAAACCAAGAGAAACUUUAAUCUUGAACCCUACAAGGAUGGAGGUUUAAGUCCACUGAAGCUCACAGCGUUGAAAUCUCCGCUUAAGGAGCAGAAACUAGAUAACAGAUCUACGUUUUCUCGCGAUGCUUCACCGGAGGUUGGCAAGAUUGAUAAGGUUCUUAUCCCCGCUAAUUUUGGUUUCCUCUUGGCUCAAGAGAAUAUCAAGAUCGACAAAAAGAGGAGACGAUUAUCCAGUCGGGAAUCUAGUCGGUAAACAGCCACUACUGGUUUUAUUAA